GCCCGUCACUGGCUGUGGCCGCGGAUAGGCUGAGGUCUCUGCAGCAGCGGUUAGGUCUUGUGUCGCUGACGAUGGCAAAGGGGCGGGCUGUGUGAGCUCGGUGUGGGGGCAGGGAGAACCGGCUGGACCGAGGACGUCGUCCACUAAGCUCCAGCUGUACUAGCGACCUCCCUCCUUCCUCUCCCGCACCGACCAUGGAGGCUCCGCAGCGGGGCAGCCUGAAGCCGGCUCUGCUCAUCCUCGGCCUGUGUGCACUGCUGCCCGGCCUGGCCUUGGCCAUCCAGGAAGAUGACGGGACACACCGCAACAGGGAGCCCCCGCUGCCCCAAAGACCCGAGGAGGUGGCCCGGCCAGAGAAGAUCCCCAGCCAGCCCCCCGCUGUACAUGUUGGGAAUGCAGACUUGAGCUCCACCUCUAACCUGGGGUUCAUCCAUGCCUUUGUAGCAGCCAUAUCUGUGAUCAUCGUGUCGGAGCUGGGAGACAAGACCUUCUUCAUAGCCGCCAUAAUGGCAAUGCGCUAUAACCGCCUGACUGUCCUCACUGGAGCAAUGCUUGCCUUAGGACUGAUGACUUGUUUAUCAGUGUUGUUUGGAUAUGCCACCACAGUCAUCCCCAGAGUUUAUACCUACUAUGUAUCCACUGCCCUUUUCGCCAUAUUCGGCAUUCGAAUGUUACGGGAAGGGUUAAAGAUGAGUCCAGAUGAAGGUCAGGAGGAGUUAGAAGAAGUGCAAGCUGAAAUCAAGAGAAAAGAUGAAGAGCUUCAGAGAACAAAGCUCCUGAACGGUCCUAAUGAUGUGGAAAGUGGAGGUGGACCAGCUAUUCCCAAGAAGAGAUGGAUGCAGUUCAUCUCCCCAAUUUUUGUCCAAGCAUUCACUUUGACAUUCCUGGCAGAGUGGGGGGAUCGCUCUCAGCUAACUACUAUUGUCUUGGCAGCCAGAGAGGACCCAUUUGGCGUUGCUGUUGGUGGUACUAUAGGGCAUUGUCUAUGCACUGGGUUAGCGGUUAUUGGGGGAAGGAUGAUUGCACAGAAGAUUUCAGUUAGGACUGUGACCAUCAUUGGUGGAAUAGUUUUCCUCGCUUUUGCUUUCUCCGCUUUAUUUAUAAGUCCGGAUUCUGGUUUUUAGCUAUUUUCUGUUCUUCAGAAAUUGACAACUUGGAAAGAGACUGCAUUUUGUACUGUAGUUCUGUAUAUAAUGUAUAAAGGUGGAGAUGAGACAUCUGCUGUACAGAAUCACUCCAUGCGGGUGACUAUUUUUAUGCUCCGUCUCGAAGAUUGUGACUCAUUCUAACUUCAUGUCAUUUACAGAUGUAAGGUCAACUCUAUCCUUAAUAUUUUAGCUUCAUUUCUCUUGUCUUGAGAUACGGGUUUAGGGUCUACCUCCAUAUAGGCAGGAGGAGCAGGUCUAGCUUGGACCAUGCUGUUUGGAUCGUGUGGUACCUGUGAAUUUUAAAAGAAACUAUUGAAAUAUUUCAGAGGUGUAGUUCACCCUGUACGCAUUAGAUCUCCCCUAUCUCCCCGCCUCGGUCCAUCGCUAUUGUGCCGAGAGCUGGCACAGUAUCCAGUAUAUAGCAGUUGUCAAUAUUUGACAUGACGAUUGGUUAAAAGCAGAAAGUCCUGGUGUCUAGAAAUGUUUUGAUUUCAAAUAAAUGUGUAAUGUAUA